AUGUUGCUGGUCUGGACACUUACACUGCUGCUGGGGGCAGCGACAGGACGAGAGGUCUGCUAUGAGAGACUUGGCUGCUUCAGUAAUGACUCCCCAUGGGGAGGAACCUUACUAAGACCCUUCAGCAAUUUGCCCUCGUCUCCAGCAGAUGUCAACACCCGCUUCCUCCUCUACACUAAUGAGAAUCCAAACAACUUCCAAGUAAGAAUUCUCAUUAGCCCUUCGAUAAUCCGAAGCUCCAAUUUCAAAACAGACAGAAAAACUCGUUUCAUUAUCCAUGGAUUCAUAGACAAAGGAGAAGAAAACUGGCUGUACAAGCUGUGUAAGAACUUGUUUGAGGUGGAAAGUGUGAACUGCAUCUGUGUGGACUGGAAGGGCGGCUCCCGAACUACGUACCCACAGGCCACACAGAACAUCCAAGUUGUCGGAGCAGAAGUGGCAUAUUUAGUUGACUUUCUUCAGUCAUCCCUGGGGUACCCACCUUCUAAGGUCCAUGUCAUUGGCCACAGCCUGGGUUCCCACGCUGCUGGGGAGGCAGGACGGAGGACCAAAGGAGUCAUUGGAAGAAUCACAGGGCUGGAUCCUGCUGAACCGUACUUUCAGGGAACACCUGAGUUAGUCCGUCUGGAUCCCAGCGAUGCUCAGUUUGUGGAUGUAAUUCACACAGAUGGCGCGCCCAUGAUCCCCAACUUGGGAUUAGGAAUGAGCCAGAAUGUGGGUCACCUGGAUUUCUUUCCAAAUGGAGGAGAAGAAAUGCCCGGAUGUCAGAAGAAUAUUCUCUCUCAGAUUGUUGAUUUAGAUGGGAUCUGGGAAGGAACACGGGACUUUGUGGCCUGUAAUCACUUAAGAAGCUACAAGUAUUACACCGAUAGCAUUGUCAACCCCACUGGCUUUGCUGGUUUCUCUUGUGCCUCUUACAAAGCCUUCACUCAAAACAAGUGCUUUGCCUGUUCCAAAGGAGAAUGCCCGCAGAUGGGACAUUACGCUGAUCAAUUUCCUGGGAAAACAGAUGCUGUGAACCAGGUAUUUUAUCUAAACACCGGUGAAUCCAGUAAUUUUGCACGUUGGAGGUAUCGCGUGGCUGUCACACUCUCUGGCAGGAGUGUUACAGGAUAUGUGCUGGUAUCUCUGCAUGGAAAUAAUGGAAACUCUAAACAGUAUGAAAUUUCCAGGGGCUAUCUCCAGUCAGACAAGACUUACACCAAUGAGUUUGACUCUGACGUGGAGGUUGGAGAUGUGCAGAGUGUUAAGUUUAUUUGGAACAACAAUGUGAUCAACCCAACACUACCCAAGGUGGGAGCAUCCUUGAUCACAGUGGAACAAAAUGAUGGAACACUGUCCAGAUUCUGCAGCACAGAGACGGUGAGAGAGAAUGUGCUGCUCACCCUCGCCCCGUGUUAG